AUUAACUAGGCGCCACACUAAGAUUCACCGAGUCGGCGUUCGUGGGUGUGCGCCUCUCUAGCAGAUAACUCUUCGUUUCUCUCACUGAAACUUCAAUGGCGGCCCCCAGUUUCAUAUACGAAACCCUAGGUCACCUCUCAUCGUCAUCGACCAUAACUUCAUCCUCUUCACUUGAAACCGAACAACCCGAAUCUUAUACUGUAUUUAAGAAUCAAGUUACUUCCUCUGCUACUACUAAUCAAUCUCCUUCAGCAACUGCCAUGGAUUACUUCUCUCUUGAUGUUAAUCUAGAUGAAGAAGGUAAUGAUAAUAAUGUUUUUCCAAUCUCUAGUACAAAACCAAGGGAUAAUAUAUCUCCUAGUAUUGUUCCUGCUACUCCUGUUCAAUCAUUGAACCCUUCAUUAGAACGUGGUUGGUUUCGUUCUAAUAGUCGGUUUAAAAGUCCUAUGGUUCAGCUUCAUAAAGAGAUACUUGAUUUCUGUGAUUUUCUGUCACCUACUGAUGAAGAAGCUGCAGCAAGAACUAGAGCUGUUGAUGGUGUUUUUGAUGUUAUCAAGUACAUAUGGCCUCUCUGUAAAGUCGAAGUGUUUGGAUCAUUCAAGACAGGCUUAUAUCUUCCUACCAGCGACAUAGACGUUGUAAUUUUGGAUUCGAAAGUUAGAACACCACAAAUGGGUUUGCAUGCUCUUUCUAAAGCAUUAUCUCAGAGAGGCAUUGCCAAAAAGAUACAGGUAAUCGCAAAGGCGCGUGUUCCAAUCAUAAAGUUUAUUGAAAGGCAGAGUGGUGUUAAUUUUGAUAUUAGUUUUGAUGUAGAGAAUGGACCAAAAGCGGCGGAGUUUAUUAAGGAUGCCAUAACUAAGAUGCCUCCUUUACGUCCGCUGUGUUUGAUAUUGAAGAUUUUUCUUCAACAGAGAGAACUUAAUGAGGUAUACUCUGGUGGAAUCGGUUCAUACACCCUUCUUUCAAUGUUGAUAGCGCAUUUGCAGUUGCAUUGGAAAGGACAGCAUGUACAAGACCGUCGAGCUUCGCCAGAACAUAAUCUGGGAAUCCUAUUGGUCAACUUUUUUGAUAUUUAUGGGCGUAAGUUGAACAUCUACGACGUUGGGGUAUCUUGCGAAAAUUCAGGAACAUUUUUCUUGAAGACCAAUAGAGGGUUCUUGAACGAAGAUCGUCCCUAUCUUUUAUCCGUGCAGGAUCCACAGGCCCCAGAAAACGACAUAGGGAGGAACUCUUUCAAUUUUUCCCAGAUAAGAUCGGCAUUUGGAAUGGCCUUCUCCAUGUUAACUAGUUCAAAAUCCAUAUUGGCGCUGGGUCCUAACAGGAGCAUUCUUGGAACCAUUAUUAGACCUGAUCCAUUACUAGUAGAGCGAAAAGGUGGGUCCAAUGGAGAUAUCACCUUCAGUAGCUUGCUCCGUGGCGCAGGGGAACCAGUACAGUCUGAGUUCCAGUCUGGGCAAGACAUCUCUUGUAACUGGCAACAGAUUAAUGAUGAAGAACCACUACCAAGAGGCAGUGGAACUCCCGUAAAUGUUAGUGGAGGUUCUUCUUCACGGAAGAGAAAGGCAUUAAGAGAGAAGAAACAGAAGGUAAGUGGAAAUGGGGAGGCAGUGAAUAUCCAUCAUGAAGAAAAUGGAACAAAGAAAACCAAGGCGUCAAAAAAGAAGAAACAGUGGAAAGAAUUCCAAGGAAGUGGUGAUGCGCAUGUUGAUACCUAUAAUGACGAGUAUUAUCCUACUAAUAGUAAUACUCCGUGGAGCUGGUCCCAGGGGUGAUGGCACUAGAACAAUUUCCAGCUAAUACUUCUUAACAUGUCUUAACUUAAAGCACAUGAUGCAGAUAGAGCUGUUGUAGAUUCAGCUGAAAUCACCCCCAAGUUGAUAGGUGGUUACAAUGAGCUUGCAUUCGGGGUUGGCAUAUUUGGUAUACCCAUCUUGGAUGGCAUUUUUGAUGAGAAUGAGAUUACAAGAGUGUGUAAUAGUUAUCAUGUUUACAACCCGUUACAUCUUUUGAACAACAUUUUGUACGGCUUUACUUAUAGCACUGAACUUAUGCAUUUGCAUGGGAAUAUUCAAGAUCUCUGUUCGACUGGGUGGUUCAAAGC